CAAUCCUUCCGUCUCCCUCACUCACACUCCGCCGUGACGUCAACAUCUGUCUGAACAAACCGACGCCAAAUCACAGAAAAGGGAGCGCCGGCGACCAGGAGGACAUGGCUGUAAAUGUGUACUCCACCUCAGUGACCAGCGACAACCUGAGUCGCCAUGAUAUGCUCGCAUGGAUCAAUGAGUCACUACAGAUGAACCUCACUAAGAUUGAGUUGCUAUGUUCAGGUGCGGCCUAUUGCCAGUUCAUGGACAUGCUCUUUCCUGGCUGCGUGCCUUUGAAGAAAGUUAAAUUUUCAGCGAAGUUAGAGCAUGAAUACAUCCAUAAUUUUAAGAUUUUGCAAGCUGCCUUCAAGAGAAUGGGUGUUGACAAAAUCAUCCCUGUUGACAAGUUGAUAAAAGGCAAAUUCCAGGACAACUUUGAAUUCGUUCAGUGGUUUAAGAAGUUCUUCGAUGCGAACUACGACGGAAAAGAGUACGACCCGGUGGAGGCGCGGCAGGGCCAGGACACCAUGCCUGUGCCCAACGCUGCCAUGCCUGCCCUCAGCAAGCCCAAGAAGAUCAUGAACGCAGCACCGCCGAGGGCUGCUGUUGCUAAAGUAACGCCCAAGGUGGCACCCAGUUCUGCGCGGAGGCCAGGUGCCAGCGGAGAUGACGAGAGGGCCGAGCUUAUCCAAGAGAUAAAUAUACUGAAGUCUACAAUCCAGGACAUGGAGAAGGAGCGAGACUUUUACUUCGGCAAACUUAGGAACAUUGAGUUGAUCUGUCAGGAGAAGGAGAGCGAGGGAGAUCCCACCUUGCAGAGGAUUGUGGAUAUUCUCUAUGCUACAGAUGAGGGCUUCGUCAUACCAGACGCCGAAUCAGAGGACCAGGAGGAGUUUUAAUGCCCUCGGCUAGAUCCAAUCCUCGAUCGUCUCCUUCCUCAUCACUCCCUCUACACAUUCACUUCCUCACACUGUUUCUGAAACACCUCCCAGAUCACAUUAUGCAUUUAGACUCUGAGUGAAGCUUGUAUGGAAAUUCCUUUCAACUGCGUACAGAGUUAAAGUAGUUAAGUUUGAAGUCUGGCGACCCUUUAGCCUCUGAGAAGGGCAAGACGGCUGCUGAGCUGACCUUGUUUGGCUCAGAGGAGAGAGAGCUUUUCAUCAAGAUUCAGCAUGGUGUUCAAAUUUUGAUCCUGCUGUUCCUGCAACUUCAGUGGAACCUGCAAAUUUAUCCGUUGUAUUAAAUAUUGUCUUUGUUUUUUGACACUGUUUCUUUUUGCCACUGUUGGAAUAGAGAGGAUGUUGUCACCUCUUUUCCUUGACGAGUAGGGUGGCAUGUGCUUCACACUAAUGCUAUGCUAAUCAUGUUUUACCCAAUUAAGAGUUGUUUUUUUUUUUUUUUUAAUCUUCACAAAAUCUUAGUUCUUACUCAGGAUUCAGAAGUGAAUCUGUGAACAACUGUUUUGUUUUUUUUAAAACCAACCCUGCAAAAUGAGCAUCGUCCAUCUUUUUCCCCCUUUGAUUUUUAAACCUUAGCGAUCGUUUUAUUGAAAGGCUAGUAGCAGUCACCUCUUCUCUUUGAACCUGUGACUGUGCCUUACAGACAGAGCAGAAGGAGAUCCAGUCGGUCGUCUGCCUGGUUCGUCUUUGUCUGUCUUGUGGAUGUAGAAAAACUUUGCUUGUGGUCCAGUAAGUCACUUAUGCAGUAAGAAGGUCAGUUAAUUCACUACCGUUCCAAAUCUGCUCCAAACUGCAGUGAUUGUAAUCAAUAAGUCAGACUUCGCUGACCUGUCUUGUGGAUGGUCUCUUGGGAUACUCACGUUACUGAGACGUUGAAAGCACAGUUGCAAAGCAUCCUUGAUGACCCUUUUUUUAUAAUUGUUUUAUAAAGAGUAAACCAACCUUAAAGCAUCGCCCCUGUGGCGAUGGGUUCUGAAGGCCAAAAUACUGCCCGUUUCUGCACUUUCAGUGCAAAGAUUGAUGUCUUCUUCUUUUUUACUGCCUUAUAUUUAAUGCAUCUAUUUUUUUUUAAACCCUCUCACAUUUUUUCGUUUCUUUGAUAGAACUCUUUAUAUUUGUUCUGUGUUGGGAAAUGUUGAAUUCAAAUUAAAGAGAUGUUCAAACAUUUCUCCUUUUUUCAUUGCUUUGGCUUCAAAAAUAGCCACUCUUAGAAGCUGUUCUAGGUACAGACCUCGCAUCUUCCUUUUGUUUUUUUUUUUUUGGAAAUUUUACUCAAAGCUAGUUCAGGAGCCGUGGGUGCUGGGCACUGCUUGUUUUCAUGCACCCUUAGUAGUAUCAACCUUGAGCCAAAUAGAAAUAUUACUUGCUUAAUACUUGUGGUAAAUCUAGAAAAACAUCCUGUGCCAGUUUUGUAAUUGAGUUUUGGAAUCUGGGUUGUGUUAAAUCCAUUUCAUUCUCCAUUUCUGUUGUUUUAUCCAGAGGCUACAUUCCAAUUGGAUAAAAAAAAUUGGAUUAAAAACAAAAAAACAUAAAAAAUGGUGUCCUGAAACUAUUGCUGGUGUGAAUGUUUUUAUUUUCCCCACCAUCAAAUGUCUGUCUUCUGCUUCUGAAAUGUUUCAUUGCCUUGUUAGAUGGGUGAUUGAUCAUGCUUUAUUAAUUAAUUUAUGGUCAGUUGUGUGGAAUGUGACUUUGGAAUUCAGAGACUGUCCUGAUGAUUUUGGAUCACUGUGCCAUUUUUCUGUCUUGUUUUCCCUCCACUAUCUCAUGUAGCAGCAAUAUCAUAUCAUAUCAGCACUUGUGUUUUCUGGUUAUUCAGAUAACAUCAGAUUCAAACAUCCCAACCUUUUUUUUUGAAGUGUAGAAUCUCUAUUGCUGUGUAGUUUUUGGGUCCAGCCUAGUUUGUCUGUGCAAAACCAAUAACUGAAGCCUUAAUUGGUGCUUUUAAAACAUACCUUGACUGAUUCCUUUGCAACAGUGGAUAAACAUUUGCAUUAGAUAAGUUUUCAUUAACCUGCGGUGACUUGUGACAAAAGCGAUGUAGCAUAGAGAUCAUGGUUAAGAUUCUCUUAACAGUACAGCGUUUUUUGCGAACCAUGUUUCAUAACGUUGCAAUUAAGGGGCUUCGAAAGUGAGACCAUUCAUUGCGCUCCAAGUAAGAGUGUGGAAUCAUGGAAGUAGCAAUCAAAUGCAAAUAAAAAAAGUUAUUGAACAUUACACAUCAUUGACCCGAUGCUGAUUUCGCCUUGACCUGGUUUUCUCUUUCUUGUGGUGAAUUGCUCUUUACGACGAUGAUUAAAGCUGUAGAGUAGAAUGAGGUUUAGUUCAAGACUGGAAUUGGUCAAUACAAUAUGCAGUGGUGCUUCUUUCCGAGUUUUUAUCAGUUUGCUCUCCAGUGGCCUUCCAGAACAAUCUAGAGAUGGAUUUUACACUGUGGGCCCUGUGCCACUUACAUACUUUCUCUCCAUCUCUAUUUUUUGUUUUUUCGUUUUUCCUCUCCGUCACAGACGGUCUCUGUCCUCGUUUUUGUACUUGCAGGGUGUGUGGUUUUCUCCUUUUUUAAUUGUAUUUGCCAGGGUCAGUUUCUUACAAAUAAAACAGUAUUACAUGUG